AUGGUUCCCAUGCCCUCACCCCCGCCCCCGCCGCCUAUAAGGCCGACCCAGCCUCUAUAUCGAGCGUCCAAGAGUCUCCCACCAGCCCGAUUGCCAAAUGCGACGAUAGCGUGCAACCAGUGCCGGAAGGACAAGGCAAAAUGCAUAGGAGGAGCCCCGUGUGCCAGAUGCCGCAAAGAAAAUAAACAAUGCAUCGUCGACGAGAACCGAGACAGCCGCCGAAAAGUCGCCCUCAAGCAUAAGCUCGAGACGCUGGAGCAGGAUCGGUCCUUGUUAAUCCAGCUGCUCGAGACACUCCGUGGAGAAGACCAGGUGAAAGCGGACAGAUUGUUGAGGGUCAUUCGGAAGAGCAAGGUGUCGUUUGACGAGAUCCGACGGUGCAUUGAUAAUGACUUUGAUCCGGAUGCUGUUAUCACCGACGAGUCCCGACUUACGCGAGCAGACUCGCAGCAACAUUUGUCGCGUUCGCGGUCAUCGAGUCGGUUGCGGGUUAUGGAUGUCAAGUGGUUGUCGGAUAAUCCUCGAUGGAAGGUUCCUGCACAGCCAUGGACUUCAGUUUCGGAUGAUGAUGACUUCGUGUCUCACUUGGUGUCGCUUUUUUUCACCUGGCAUAAUAACACGCUUAACUGGAUUGAUCCUGAGCUGUUCUUUAUGGAUAUGGAGAAGGGUCAAUUGGGGGCUCAGUUUUGCUCUCCGUUGCUUGUCAACAGUAUUCUUGCUGUAGCUUGUUUCUAUUCUAGUUAUCCUGAAGUAUUUGCCGAACCGAGUGAUCCUAAUACUAGGGGAAUGCAUUUCUACAACGAAGCGAAACGACUUUUGGAUGAGCAGCAGGGUAAGUAUAGUGUUACGAACCUUCAAGGACUGGGUGGGAUUUAUACUUGGGUCUGUAUUACCGGGAAAGAUAGAUUUGGUUAUUUAAUAUUGGGCCAGAUGGCAGAACAGGCUCAGCAUAUGAUGAAGUUCCGUGACAGUAUCAUAGCCAAAGCCGGUGACCAGGCCGAAAAUACCACUAGAGCCAUUGAUGUGACCACUAGUGGAGUUUACAAUUUUCUACCGACCGCCUGCCUUGCUCUACAACGAGCACUACCGUUCAAGAAGCCUCCGCCGAGACAUUUACCAGAAACACAUGAUCCCAAAGACACGUGGAUGCCUUAUCCUGUACAGGCCGAGCCUGUGCAGGCUCAUACAAACUGUCUAGUCAACGCAUUGUCCAAGCUGGGAUGCGUCACUUGGGAUCUAUGUAGUUUCUUCUUCAGCAACAACGAUAAAUUGCCUCAAUCGGAUACCGAGAAGAUGGCUGUGGAUAUCUACACGGAUUUACAACAAUGGACCGAGGAGAUUCCUGAAUGCGUGAGCCUGAGGAAUGUACCAACUCCCGGAGUCCUGGACAUGCAUUUACGCUACCACUCCAACAUCAUGACCAUCUUCGGCUUCAUCCAAAACCCCUCGACAAUCGACAAAUCCUCGCCUGCCCACCGCGCACGCGAAUUACGCUUGUCCUCCGCCCACGAACUCCGCAAACUCCUUGACAUUCAACGCACAAAAUGGCCCAUCGAAUGCAUGACCAUGUCCAGCUCGCAAUUCUCCACCGUCGCCCUCUUCACCCUCCUCGAAGACCUCGACAACCCAUCCUCCGCCUCCGCCUUUGCAGACACCGCUAUCUCCCUCUUCUCCACAGCCAAGCGGUUGCAGUUAGCCAAGGGAAUGUUCAGGCUCGUACAAGGCACCGCCUUACAAAAGAAAAUCAGACUUUCACCGGAAAUUAGGAACAUAUUUAGAGAUUUCGACGAAGUCGUCUGGGUCAAGGAAGAUAAGGAGAAGUUCAGCAGUUUGUAUCCGAACUUCGCAGUUACGGUGCAAUAUGAGUCUGUUGGGGAGGCAGAGCUGGAUGACUUUUUGGAGCAGUGGGAUACAUUAGCUUUGGGGGAUCAUGGGACUCCGACUCCUGAUAGGGAGUGA